UCUUCAGGACGAGUCCCGGCAGAAUCUGGGAGACCUGUAUGACUGUGGCUUUUAGAAGUCUUCAAGAGUCUUUAGAAGUUUUUAAGCGGCUUAAGUGUCUUUAGGAGUCAUUGGGUGUCUUCAGUUUUAUUCAGACGUCCCCGGGUGUCUUCAGAAGUCAUCAGGCAUCUCCAGUUAUCUUUAGGAGUAGUCAGGUGUCUUCAGUCGUGCUCAGUGAUGCCGUGGCUGGUUUCCUCUCAGCUGGACUGCCUGUCUUCGUCUCCGUCCCAGCGGGAGUGUGAGCGAACGGCGUUCUCCUUCUACUGCGCAGUGCGGGAGCAGCUGCCGGUCUGGCUGCUGGAGGACAUGCGGAGCAUGGAGGUCUUCUGCUGGGAGGAUGGACAUCCCAGAGCCUUCCUUCCUUGCGAGGCACUGCUGUACGCGUUGGUGCACAACCACCAGGACUAUGCUCGCUACCUGCUUGACAGGUACUCCCUCAGCGCCCUCAAGGCGCCGCGCUGUAGCUUCUGCUGCUGUGGCGGCAGUGGUGCCCCGCACCUAAAGAUGGCAGUGCGCUACGACCGCGUGGCAGUCCUGGGGAUGAUGCUGGGCACCGUGAAAGACUGCGACCUGCACGGCGGGUACCUGGACAGCUGCGGCGGCUGCACGCACGUCGCAGAUGCGGGAAAGACGGCGGUGCAGCUGGCGGUGGAGCUGUCGAGGCCCGAGUGCCUGCUGCUGCUGCUGGCUCACGGCGCCGAGCCGGACGGCCUGGACACUGCGCUGCAGAGACUCGUGUCCUGUGACGCAUCUGAGCGGCGCCAAGCUCAGCGUUGCUUCGACAUGCUGCUGCUCUUCCUCCCCAAACCACCACCGCUGUGCCGCCUGCGAGAUGAGCCACAGCUGUGGCAAAGCCUUCUGGGAAAUGAGGUUUUCCGCUGGCUGUGUGGACUGGCCCCGCCCCCUCUCCUGCUGCAGGCGCUGCGGUGUCUGGCCCGGUCCGGUCCAGACCGCAUCAGCUCGCUGCCCGCCUUCCUGCAGCCUCACAGCUGGCACUGACUGCACCAACACCACGGGACCACGUGGUGACAUGUAAAUAAGCUGUAAAUAAACUUUGAACAGACCAAUCAGGGAUAAGCACCACUGAAAGUGGGCGGACCCUGCAGAGCCAAGCAACAUGUAGAUAAGAGGACACUAUAGGACAAUCAUACUGCGAUGAGGAUGAGUGUGAUGAUGAUCAGUUUCUACCUCACUGUGUUUCACGUAGAAUCCCUGUGAGUCUGAAAUAAACAAAGGUGAUUCUGUUUGUUUCCAAUAUUUGUAAACAAACAACAAGGACUAAAUAUAGAAAAAAAAAGUUGGCAGAAAACAUCACUAGAGUCAGACCAUCAACCAAUGAGUGAUAAAUCAUCAAUGAGUCAUCAUUCAGAAAUGAGUCAACAAUAUUCCGUCAUAAAUAGGGUGGUCACGUCUUCUGAAACGUUCUCAUUAAUUCUGUU